ACAUGCUCUGUCUGGCCCUGUGAAGCCUCACUCACCCAUUGAGAUUUCUGUUGGUUUAAAGCAACAUUCAGGCUGCGGAAGCUCCAUGACCUGCAGUGAUUUCCCAAAUCCAGAUCAAAGAGCCCUGAUGUUUUUUGUCAUUCUGACUGUAAAUGAUGAGACAAGCAACCAUGGAUUUUAGCACCCCAUCUGUGUUUGAUCAACAAAAAGGUGACUCAUCAGAGGACGUGGACCUGAGCAUGGUUUAUCAGGCAGCAUCUCAUGGAGAUGUCAACGCUCUGACGGAAGUGAUUCGGGAAGAUCCUUCAAUCCUAGAAUGCUGUGACACUGAAGGGUGCACGCCCUUGAUGCAUGCGGUUUCUGGACGACAAGUGGACACAGUGAAGCUGCUGCUGAAGAUGGGAGCCAAUACCAACAUGCAGGAUGCUUACGGCCGCACGAGUUUAUGCCUGGCGACUUACCUGGGUUGGCUUGAAGGCUGUGUGAGUCUGCUCAGAAAUGGUGCCAAGCACAAUAUCCCUGAUAAAAAUGGUCGUCUGCCACUCCAUGCUGCCACUGCUGAGCCCGAUGUGAGGCUCCUAACGGUCCUACUGCAGCAAUCAAACCUCAGCGAGAUUAACCACCAGGACAAUGAGGGAAUGACACCACUUCACUGGGCAGCUUUCCACAACCAGCCUCAACAUACCCAAAUGCUGCUGAAGAAGGGAGCAGACCCCACUCUUGUGGAUAAAGACUUUAAAACGGCUCUCCACUGGGCAGUCCAGAGUGGAAAUAGAAUUCUAUGUUCCAUCAUCCUGAGCCACCACCAAGGCCCUUCCAUCAUCAACUAUGACGAUGAGAGUGGGAAGACAUGCGUGCACAUCGCCGCAGCCGCAGGAUUUGUGGACAUCAUUCAUGAACUGGCGAGAGUCCCUGAGUGUAACCUACAGGCUCUGGAUGUGGAUGACAGGACACCCCUACACUGGGCUGCAGCUGCAGGGAAGGCAGAAUGUGUCCAGUCACUGCUGGAGUUGGGCAUGGAUAGCAACCUUCGUGACAUCAACGAAAGCACGCCUCUGGCCUAUGCUCUCUACUGUGGCCACACUACCUGUGUCCAAGUUCUUUCCCAAGAGAGCAGAACAGAGCCUAUUCAACCUCUUCCAUCUCAAAACAGUAGACCCCAGAAGAAGGAGGGACGAUUUGGCAUGCUCAACCAGAUCUUCUGCAAAAAUAAGAAAGAGCAACAGAGAGCCCAUCAGAAGGAUCACAGCAGGGACCGAUACAGGGGGGAGGAUACCUCGGAAGUUGAUGACAUCAUCACCACCUUUGACAGCAUCGUGGAUGCCAACUGCCAAGAACAGUCUGGUGACCAGGUGGCUAUGGUUGAAUUAAAGAAGAGGACCUCAGAGAAUUCAAAAUAUCUCUUGCCAGAAAAGAAGUCUCUGACCCAUAAGGGGCUUCCACCAAUCAGAACGCAAAGUCUUCCACCUAUCACUUUGGGCAAUAACUUUCUGACAGCCUCCCAUGGGGCUACUUCCCAUAGUGGGCUAAGCUCCGGUCCUCAUCAUAUGGCUCAGAGAUCUCAGAAAAGUAGAAGUGAACAGGACUUAUUAAAUAACAGAACUGGCUGCCAGACCUUGCUAGAGAAUCCCUGGAGGAGUGAUUGUAAUCAGGUGUUCUCCUACAAAGCUUGCACUGUAACUUCUUCAGAUAAGUUACAAGACAGAAUGCUCACUGGCAGAUCCGGUCCCCAGGAGCCCUCGGGUCCCCCACUCCUUCCUCAUCUACACAAUCCUUCAUCGGGACAAAAUUUUCAGCAUCUCUCCCCAAACAGACCCAAAUUCAGAGAUCAUCAUUUCACACGGAACAACCUAGCUCCCCUACCAGACCAGAAAUUCUUAUCUGGAGAACCUCUGCGCACAAACCGAGUGCUUCCUGCUAUCCCAAGCCAACGAGGGCACAACACAACAGCUCAAGAGGGUGAAAAAGCUGCCAAUGCCAUCAAUGAUGAAACCUAGCUGUGACCCUGCUGACUACAGAAAUACAGAUUAGAUAUAUUUUCAACCCUCAAAGGGUAAGAUUACUCUAGUCUGUCAGAACAAAGACAAAUUUAGUAAACUGCAUUCUAUAAGCCAUUCACAGUUUUCUAACUCUGAAUUCUUUGUUCUAAAUAAAGACACUUCCCAAAU